UUCUCUGUAUAUGCCCUUGUUCAUUGACUUCCCCUAAGGGUACUUGUGAGUUAUCUCAUACAAGUUCUUACGGAUGCGGACCCAUUGAUGUGUACAGAAUGGUCAUACUCUCUUCAUCCAUCAUUUUGACUCUGUUUCCUUGUGCAGUUCAAUGCGAGAGGAAGGAAGUCUGUACCAGGGGUGUGCCGAAAGUGAUUUUAAAAAGCGAAAGACGAAAGGCGAAAUUGCGAAAGUCAUUUUAAAAAGCGAACGGCGAAAGGCGAAAGACGAAAAUCCAACAAAAUAUUUUGGCUGUGAGCUUGGCGCUCAAACAUAUUUUGACUUUAAGAAUGACCGUUACAUUGUAAAUGGCGAACACGAUGCAUCAAAACUUCAAGAACUAUUGGAUGGUUUUAUUAAAAAAUUUGUUUUGUGCCCAGCAUGUGACAAUCCUGAAACUGUUUUGACAGUCAAAAAACAAGUCAUUUAUGCCAAAUGUAAAGCUUGUGGACAUGGAUAUCAAGUCGAUCCGAAACAAAAAUUGUCUGCUUAUAUUCUUAAAAAUCCUCCUACGAGUGAAGAAAGUAAUGGAGACGGGAAAAAUGCUAAUAAUAAUAACAACGAUUCUGGCUCUCCUCCAACAGAAACUGGGGAAGAUGGAAAUUUGGAGGAAGACAAUGGGACGGUUAAUGGGGCUGUUCGUGGAGGGAGUGGGUCUUUGGAUGAGGAGGAUGAUGAUGAUUGGGCACCUGAAGUUAUUGAAGCUGAGAAGCUUAGUGGAGAGAUGAGUAAAAUGGUUGUGGACAAAGAUUUGGACAAAUCGGUUGAUGAUCGUCUUGAUAUGCUUCUUGCAUAUUUCCAGCAGGCUCUAAAUGAUGGAACAAUCCAGGAUGGAAAGAAAAUGUUAAAUGAAGCUGAACGUUUAGAAUUAAAGAAUAAAGCUUCUCUUUUGUUGGCUAAUGUUUUGUUUACGGAAGAUUUGGUUCAACAAAUUAAACAAUAUCGAAAUUUGCUUCUUCGUUUUUGCAUGAAUGAUGCUAAGGCACAGCGUCAUCUUCUUGGAGGUAUUGAACAAAAAGUUUUGGCAAAAAAGGAUGUUUUGCUUCAAAAAACGGCUCAUAUAAUAAAAGCUCUAUAUGACAAUGAUAUUUGUGACGAAGAAGUUUUGCUUACUUGGGGGAAAAAGCCAAGUAGCAAAUAUGUCAAAAAAGAUUUUGCUAAAGAAAUGAUUAAAGUAGCCCAACCAGUGCUUGUUUGGCUUGAAGAGGCUGAGGAAGGCUCUGAAAGUGAUAAUAAUGAUGAAGAUAUUGCUGUAGCUUUUGAUGAUCGUAGUCGUGUUGUUGGGACUGUUGUUGAAAAUAAGGAGGAGGAAACAGCCAAAAAAGGUUCGGAUAAGGAGGAGGAGGGAGAAGGGGAUGUUGACAUUGACAAUAUUUAAAUGAAUAAAACCCGUUAAAAAAUAUAUUUGUAAGAGAAAAAAACAAUAUUCAACCACCAAAAAAAUAUUUUAUUUUAAAGUUUGGAUUUUUCGAUAUGUUAAAUUGUGUGUGGUUCAUUUAUUUUAUUGAGAUAAAAAUUGAUUUGUGGGAGUUUUAUAUUUUUUAAAAGGGUUAAUAUUUUUUACUUAAACUUAACGGGAGACUAAGGCGUGUAGUCCCUUUAUAGGAUUUAAAAAAGAUGGCACGCCCCAAGUAGGAAUCUAGCAUUAAUCUCUGUAUAGGACUUAGAAAAAUGGCACGCCUCGAGUAGGGGGUCUAAAUGCUUGUAAAUCCCGAGGCAGUUGUCAUUGUCAUUCCAACUACUGACAAAAAUCCUUAACAUUCCCCUUCCCCAUAUGAGUGCAUAAAUAGUCUUUGCGGUUGAUUUAAUACAC